GUAGUGCUUGGUAUAUCUGCGAGCAUUUCACAUGGUCAAAGCAGAACACUACGUGAUUCAGUUUCAAUAGGGAUAGCCUGUUCAAAACUCCUAAGAUACACGAAGGAGUACAUUGGCUUAUAGUUUAAGCUGUCGAGGUUUCCAUAACAACGACCUUAGAUUCAGGACAGCACAACAUCCCCGAAAAUGUACCCCGAAUCUUUUUCUGAACAAAUGUUUGAUGCUGACAACGCAAGCAUGUUCAACAUGUAUGACCCAAGCAUCGUCAAACCUGAACCUUUAGGGGACUCCUGUCCUGAGACAGACCAACCUGUCUAUACCGACCUCUCAUCGUCCCAGUACUCUUACGCGCCUAAGAUCGCCCUUUUGAAACAGGAAAAGAAGGAAUUCACGGAGACAUUUGACAACCUACUCAGCUGGACAUCAAAACAUCCGGAGCACUGGUCAAGACGUGAAGUUCUUGAUUGGGUGUACUAUGUGGCAGACGCAAAGAAAUUUGACUGUUCAAAACUCUAUGGCGAACGCUACCAGAGUCUCACAGGACAAAAACUCUGCCGAAUGUCCAAGGAAGACUUCACAUCACUGGAUAACCACUAUGGAGCGACACUUUACAACCUAUUCUCAUCUCUGGUCCGGAAAUCAAUCUUCUGCGAGCCCACUCCUCCAGAUACACUUAAUCCCGAUGCAUACCCAUUCCUGCACACAACCUAUCCCUGCCUUCCUGUACCAUUCGGGGCUGCGAGUGAACCCUCUGGCACAACAACUGAACACGACCUGUCAGUCUUCAUCAACGACGCUGGUGUCUCAGUGGACAUCGACGGCAACGUUUACGACAUCGACGUCGCAACCAAAAUAGAUAUCCCCAAAAUAGAUUGCGACUUUGGAUACGUCAGCGGAGACUCCGACAUGGACGGCAAUAUGGCUAGAUGCGGCUCAACAAGUAGCGAACCAUACGAUUCAUUCAGUAUCUCCGAUGAAGAAGAAAUGCAAACUUGCAGUAAUUUCACCCAGACAUCACGGAGAAGGAUGUAUCCCAGUGUUUCAUCAGAUGAAGAUACAGAUGAGAAGAUGGUCCAACCAAGGAAGAGAGUAGCUUCAACAUCGAAAGGCAACCACUUGUGGGAGUUCAUCCGAGACUUAUUGAAAGACCCCAACUUGAACCCAUCGUUGUUGAAAUGGGAAGACAAGGAAGCAGGUGUUUUCAAGUUCGUCCAAUCCGAAGCAGUUGCAAGCAUGUGGGGUCGCAAGAAGAAUAACCCUGGAAUGACAUAUGAAAAACUCAGCCGAGCCAUGAGAUUCUGCCGCACAGCAGGUUACUUUGGAGAUGUUCCCAAGAACGGAAAAUUCCCAAAGAAGCUCUGCUUCCGAUUCGGACCCAAAGCCCAUGACUGGAAAUAAACUAGGAGGUCGAGGUAUAUCAAAGGAUAUUCAUGACAAUCACGUCGGCGGGUCCGAUGACAGUGCUAGUGCGGUUCAGAUAAAGUGACUCGAAGACAAAAAAGGGUCCUCCGCAUGACAAGAUUCUACAGUGCCAAACUCCGUACACUGUACGUUGUACAUCUGUACAUUUGUUUUACUUUGAUGAAGACUGUAUAUUGUUUCUGAUGAUGGACAUCACCAACAGAUCCACCGUGACACGACGAUCGCCGUUGACAGGUCGAUGCAUCGAAGUCUAUAUAUCUGUGAUACAUGUAUUGAUGACAAUAACUUUGAAAGCGCGCCAUGUUAUGGCUCCUUAUUUCCUCUGGAGAUUCUGUGGUAUAUGAAACUGGGCUGAAAUCGACAAGAGCCCUGAGUGACUGACAUCUGAUACACUCUAUGCAAUGGACAAGGUGCUAUCCUGCCCACGUUAUGCAGUAUGACAUUAUUUGACUGAAAUUGAAAAACAAUUAUGUAUUUAUUAUGAUGAGUACAUAUUGUGAUCACUAUACGUGAUAAAUAUAAUGUUUGGGAACGCAAAAUUUAAAAGUUAAAAUAUUUUCAUUUUGGAGUUGAAAAAUAUUUUCUUUCAAACGAUAUUCCUCAUUUGUUGAAUACAAUUCAUGAACAUUUGAGUGCAAUACGUGAUCAAAUUUAAUGUGAAUGUUUUGAAAUUGAAAAAAAUACUAAUUUGUGGCAUGGCACCCUGAACUCAUAUAUUACGGGGUACGGAACUCAUAUUGAUAACCCUCUGGGUUAGAAGCAAGUAUCCCUUUUUGGGGAUUAUAUGUCAUAUCGGGAGUAGGAUUUAGUUUGCUAUGUAUAUAUCUGCCAUUCAAUGCUAUUUUCUUACAGGAAAGUUCUGUACAUGUAAGCGUAUGUCGUACGAACAUUUCCACUCUCGCUGUGCCUUUAAGUUGUUGGCUUUGGAAAUACAUUAAUAUUCAUUGUUGUAUUCCAUACAUUUGUAAUAAAAUGAAUGAAAUAA